AGAAGUCAAGUCAAGAUUUUGAAUUUAGGAGAAUGAGCGUCCAAUAAAAACAAAAAGAAACUAAUCACGGAUACUCCUAACUAGUAGAUGGGUUGGGCUAUAGCACUGCACGGCGGCGCCGGUGAUAUCCCUCGCUCGCUGCCACCGGAGCGCCGUCAGCCCCGAGAAGCAGCCCUCCGCCACGCUCUGCAGGUCGGCGUCGCUGCUAUCAAAGCUGGUCGAUCACCACUCGAUGUCGUCGAACUCGUCGUCCGCGAAUUGGAAGACCAUCCGCACUUUAAUGCUGGGAGAGGGUCUGUCUUGACAAGCGAUGGAACAGUGGAAAUGGAGGCUUGUAUCAUGGAUGGGAAUACGAAGCGUUGUGGAGCUGUUUCUGGCCUUACCACGGUCAAAAAUGCAAUCUCACUAGCAAGACUAGUUAUGGAGAAAACUCCUCAUAUAUAUCUUGGAUUUGAUGGGGCAGAGGCUUUUGCAAGGGAUCAGGGCGUGGAAACAAUAGAGUCUAGCCAUUUUAUAACUCCAGAAAACAUUGAAAGACUGAAACAAGCAAAAGAAGCUAAUCGAGUUCAGAUCGAUUAUACAGAACCACUAACCAAAGUUGAAGAAGCACCACCUUCUAACGGAGACAGUCAGCUUGGGACAGUUGGGUGUGUGGCUGUGGACGGGAAAGGCAACCUAGCUACUGCUACAUCAACUGGAGGAUUAGUGAACAAGAUGGUGGGGAGGAUUGGAGACACGCCAAUCAUUGGAGCAGGAACUUACGCCAACAAGCUGUGCGCCGUAUCUGCUACUGGCAAGGGUGAGGCCAUCAUUCGAGCCACAGUUGGCAGGGACGUCGCUGCUCUUAUGGAGUACAAGGGGCUGUCUCUCAAAGAGGCAGCGAAAUAUGUGAUUGAAGAGUGUGCACCCAGCCGUACAGCAGGUCUGGUCGCGGUGUCUGCAACAGGAGACGUCGUGAUGCCGUUCAAUACGGUAGGCAUGUUCAGAGCCUGCGCUACUGAAGAUGGUUAUACUGAGGUGGCAAUAUGGGAUGACGAGACUUGCAGUUGAGGUUCUGAUUUUGAAUGUUGUUGUUUGUGUCGUUAUUACAAACCUUGUUGCUUAGUGUAUUCAACUUGCCUGCGAAUUGUAAUCCAAAAAAAUGAAAUUUGGUCAUCGAAGAAUAUGCUGUUGUUUGAUC